GGCUGCGCCGCCACGCCGCUUCCGGAGCCAGUGGUUGCCGCCCCUCCGUCGCCGCCCGCGACAACAGCAGACGCAGGAGACCCUCGACUGGCGCGCCCCGAACAGGCGCCCACCGCCGCAGAGCAACGGCAGCCUGGCCGCUUCGCCGGAUGGCCUCCCCUGGCGGGCCCACUACGAGAACGAACCAACUCACGCGUGUACGUGCCCUUGCUAUUAGCAGCGGCGGGGCUGCUUGACCAGCAGGAGGCGGCGGGAUGGAGCACGCACCCGCUCACGCACGACUGGUGGCAGCCGACAGUGGAGGCCUUGCAGCAAGCGGACUCCGUGCCAGCCGAGACCUUCGCCCAAGGGCUGGAGUUCGCAGGGGCCAGCCCAGGGGCGAUAUAUGCCGUGAUCGCCGCUGGGGGCGGAGCACGCCCUGGACACGUGCACCUGCCGCCUGUGGUCAGAGCGCUGGCGGACAGCGCUGGCUACAUCGACAACCUCGCCCAGGACCUCUUGCUCGAGCUCUUCGGGGGGGUCGUGCUGGCGCGGGGGGUCGACCGGCGCGCAGACGAGCUCCGCGACCCGGCCAGGAGAGAGGCGGGGCAGCAAAGGAUCCCCAAGGAGCAACUCCUGGAGAGGUUCACCCGCUUCGAGGCUGGAGACUGGGCGCAGCUUCUGACAGAAGCACAGCCGGGCCCGCCGCGCAGGCCGCCCGAGCGAGACGCGAACGGGCAGAGCAGGGCGCCCGAGGCACGACGGGGCCGGGCGCCAGACGAAAACGAGGAGCUUCGCAGCCGCUGCGAGAGGGCUCGCGAGCUGAUCCGCCUCGGCGAGGUCUCGGCGGCGCGGCAAGCGCUGACAGCGAGCGCGGUGGCACCAGGCACACAGGCCACUCUGGACGAACUCCGGGACCCGGCACGCCGCCUGCAGCAGCCGAGAGAGCAGCUCAGCGAGCGAGCCGCCCGCGCGCCGCCGCAAGGCCUCGCCAGCCUGGAACCAGACCGCCUCCUCACGAACGUGCGCAGGAGUCGCCGGGGCGCUGCGCCGGGCCCCUCAGGGAUGACGGGAGAACACUUGCAGACGCUGCUGGACGACGAGCACUGCUGCGACCUCCUGCACCACGCUGCCACGCUCCUUGCGAGGGCGGAAAUCCCUGGCCCCGUGGCAGAGGCCCUCCGGCUCGGCCGCCUCACGGCGCUGCGCAAGAGCAACGGGAGGGUGCGAGGCAUUGUGACUGGCGACGUCUUCAGGAUACCACACGUCGGGGACCUGCAAUCCUCGUGGCUCCUGCUCAGCAUGUGCGCCAACCCCCGGGCCAACUUCUUCCUGAGGGCGCUGGCUCCCGAGGACACGGCCGCCUUCGCCGCAGCGCACGACGACAACCUGGCCAACGCGCUCGCCGACUUGCUGGAACUCCCGCAAGAAGCUGUCGCAGAAGGCACGUCAGCGCGCCAACGCUGCCAACUGCCGCUUUGCAUGGGGGGGCUCGGCCUGCGAAGCGCGUCCAGGACGGCGCCGGCGGCCUGGUGGGCUUCCUGGGCAGACUGCGCGCAGAUGCUCCGCGAACGCUGCCCCGAGCUCACAAACCAGAUCUGCGCUGCACUGAGCGAGCUGGACCGGGGCCCGCUGCCGGCCGCUCCCGGGACUGCCACAGGGGUGCAGGUCUGA